AUGUCUCGCAUCAUGAGUGAGUACCAUGAGCAUCCGCGCAGGGCUAGCAGACUGCUGUUGGGACUCGCAGACUCACCUCUGCACCCGUCUACCCCCGCCAACCCCCGCAUUCACGCAGACGUCGACGACGUCGAGGAUCGCGAUGGAAUCCGUCUCUCGUGGAACGUCUGGCCGGCGACACGAGCGGAGGCUACCCGCACCGUAGUCCCCGUAUCGGCUCUGUACAAUCCGCUCAAGGAGAGGGAAGAUCUCCCACCAGUCAUGUAUGAGCCCGUCACUUGCAAGGCGCCGUGCCGUGCCGUCCUCAAUCCCUACUGCCAAAUCGACGUGCGAGCCAAGCUGUGGAUCUGCCCCUUCUGUCUCUCCCGCAACGCCUUCCCCCCGCACUAUCGCGACAUCUCCUCGACGAACCUGCCCGCCGAGUUGCUCCCCAAGUACACCACAAUCGAGUACACCUUGUCACGCCCGGCGCCCACUCCACCCAUCUUUCUCUACGUCGUCGACACUUGCCUCGAUGAACAGGAUCUCAAGGGGCUGCGCGAGGCCCUCGUAGUCAGCUUGAGCCUCUUGCCCCCCAAUGCCCUUGUGGGAUUGAUCACCUUCGGUACAAUGGCUCAGGUCCACGAGCUGGGCUACGAGGCUUGCCCCAAGUCCUACGUCUUCCGUGGCACAAAGGAAUAUGCACCCAAAGCCAUUCAGGACAUGCUCGGCCUCACGCCCGGAGCCAGACCCGGUAUGCCGCCUCAAGCCGGCGGGCCCUCGGGAGCUCAGCCGGGACAACAGGCUCAGCCCUCUCGCAUCGGUGCAGCUCGCUUCCUCUUGCCUGUUCAGCAGUGCGAGUUCCAGCUCACCAACAUCCUUGAGCAGUUGCAGAAGGAUGCCUGGCCCGUAGCUAGCGACAAGAGGGCACAGCGAUGCACGGGAACGGCCGUGGGUGUCGCCGUUGGUCUGCUGGAGACUUCGUUCCCCAACACAGGCGCUCGUAUCAUGCUCUUCUCCGGGGGACCGUGCUCCGAGGGACCGGGCAACGUUGUCUCGACGGAGCUGCGUGAGCGCAUUCGCUCGCAUCACGACAUCGACAAGGACAACGUCAAGUACUACAAGCGCGCCCUCAAGUACUACGACUCGAUGGCGAGGCGGGCGGCGCAGAAUGGCCAUGCCAUUGAUAUCUUCGCUGGGUGCCUGGACCAGGUCGGUCUCCUCGAGAUGAAGGCGCUGGCGAACGCGACGAAUGGUAACAUGGUGCUGGCGGACAGCUUCCAGAUGGGCAUCUUUAAGCAGAGUUUCCAAAAGAUCUUCGGCAAGGACGAGAAUGGCGACCUCCAGAUGGGCUUCAACGCUACCGUAGACGUGCAGACGACGAAAGAGCUCAAGGUAUCAGGCCUCAUCGGCCACGCGAUCUCUGCCAACAAGAAGUCGGGUUGCGUCUCUGAGACGGAGAUAGGUAUUGGUGGGACAUCGGCCUGGAAGCUUUGUAGCGUCACACCGCGAACAGCGCUGGGCACCUACUUCGAAGUGGUCACUCCCGCAGGCACACCGCUCCAACCAGGCGCACGCGGACUCGUCCAGUUCGUUACGCACUACCAGCACGCAAAUGGUACCUACCGCCUUCGCGUCACCACGAUCGCCCGCUCCUUUGCCUCGGAAGCCACGGGCGGCACGCAAGCGAUCGCGUCCUCCUUUGACCAAGAAGCCGCAGCAGUUCUCAUGGCUCGCAUUGCCGUCUUCAAAGCCGAGAUUGACGACUCGCCCGACGUCCUCCGCUGGCUGGAUCGCAUGCUCAUCCGCCUCUGCCAACGCUUCGCCGACUAUCGCAAGGACGACCCAACAUCCUUCCGCCUGCAGGAAGGGUUCAGCAUCUACCCGCAGUUCAUGUUCCAUCUGCGUCGCUCCCAAUUCUUGCAGGUAUUCAACAACUCCCCAGACGAGACGGCUUAUUACCGUCACGUUUUGAAUGUGGAGGAUGUGAACAACUCUCUCAUCAUGAUUCAGCCCACCCUCAUGUCUUAUGGACUGGAAGAUCCUCCGCAGCCCGUCCUGCUGGACUCGGUGUCCAUUCGCCCCGACGUCGUGCUGCUGCUCGACACCUUCUUCCACGUCCUUAUCUUCCACGGCACCACGAUCAAGGAGUGGCGCAAUGCAGGCUACCAAGAUCAAGAGGGUUAUGAGAACUUCAAGGAGGUGCUCGAGAAUCCCAAGGCAGACGCUGCAGAGUUGCUGGGAGACAGGUGCCCUAUUCCGAGAUACAUCGUGUGCGACCAGGGAGGAUCGCAGGCACGUUUCCUGCUGAGCAAGCUCAAUCCGAGUACGACGCACAUGUCCGGAGGCGUGUACGGGAGCACGCCGGCUGCCGGGCAGGCGAUCUUCACGGACGAUGUGUCGUUGCAGGUGUUCUUGGAACACCUCAAGAGGUUGGCGGUGGGCGCGCAGACGAAUUGA